ACCGCUUCAACUUGUUUUAUUUGAUAUCAUUGUUGAAAUAUCUGCAUGCUCGGAGGAGGAAUUAUCUGCACAUACUUCUCUGAAAGAAAAGCAGAGCGUGAAAUAUGGCUCUUGGCUCUACCUGAGACUGGCGCAUAUUUUUAAGUCUUACAAUCCAUCAGACUAUUGGCAGAUGAAUUGUGUCAUUGAGUGAUGUGUUGUGUUAGCUGAACAUCAGGAAAUGUGUUGUGUUAGCUGAACAACACACUCAGCAUGCUUAUGCAUUAUCUAAGCAGUGCUAAGGAGCGAGCUUUAGGCCAGUCCAGUCUGUGAGGAGUGUCAGUUAGACUAUAGAUGAAAAAACUGAAUGAUUUUCAUUGCUUUGUUCAGUCUAAUUAGGGACGGAUAUAGAGUACAUCUUUCCAGGAUGUACUGGAAGGACUCCUUCCAGUUAAAAAACAUAUAUAUAUAUAUCCACAAAUGUGAUCACAGCACUACUGAAGCCCUGAACCGUAAGUUGUGGCAAAAAGGUGUUGUCAUUAUUAUUAAUCAUUAUUAAUAUCCCAUUAUUCUGACUUACUAACUCUUCACUUCAAGAUAUUGUCAUUAUUUUGACUUAAUAUUUCAUUGUUUUGACAUAAUAACUUGAUAUAUUGAGCUAAAAUUUCGUUAUUUUUACAUAUUAUCUGAUAAUUUUAACUUGUUUUGUAAUUUAAUAAUUAUAGCUUGCUUAAUUUCAAGAUGCUGUCCUUUUUUUGACUUAAUAUUGCAUUGUUUUGACUAUGUUUUAAACCCUACGUUGAUUUAGUGAAAUUCAAUUGACACACAUAUACAGGACGUCUAAUGAUUGCUAUUUCAUGUCAAUACAUUCAGGUAUGAUAUGUCAAAUCCAGAAGGUCAAAAUGGCCGUUACAACUAUUAUGGAAUUUUGUGAAUCUGUGUUAGGAGUCAAAAUAAUAUAUUGAAAUAUUAAAAGAGCAUAUCCUCACAGCACCUUUUUACUGAUUCAGGGCUUCUGUACUGUACAGCACAGAUCUAUCUUAUUAAUGUAAUUAUGAGCAUAGCUAUUCAUAUAUUCAUAAGGCACAUUAGACAGAUAUGCACUAUUGCUUUUAUUUAUUGCAGCUAUUAGAGGUUUCCACUCACAGAACCCAAUCCAGUUAUAUUUUAUUAAAUGAAAUGUAUAAUAUCAACAGCACUUUUACUAAUUUUACUAAAACUAACACUUUUUUAAAAUUGAUAUUUAUAGGUUAUUGUGUUUUAUAUUUAAUGCAACCAGUUCAAUUAACCAGUCAAUUUGGUUCACACUUAUAACAGCUAUGACUUUGAUAGUGGUUGAAUGGGAGCUAAACCAAUUACCAUGGCCAAUGGAUAAUAAAAUUUAUCAGCACUGAUUAGGAUUUAAUAGGAUAUCUAAUACACCACACCAGUAUGCUGAUGCUCUUUCUGUGGCUAUUCUUUUUUACUCUAAUAUUAAUAGUUAAAAUGUCUUCCUUUUGUUGUUUUAAAACCCAGUUUUCUCCUGAACUAGUCAAUCAUUCAUCUUCAGUAAGCGCUUUGUCCUGGUCAGGGUUGGGGUGGAUCCGGAGCCUAUUCCGGUAACACUGGGAUUCAACCUGGAUAGGACACCAGGUCAUCGCAUUUCUCCUAAUUUAGUCAUAGACAGUUCUCACAGGGAUUACUGUGGUAUGUGGAUUCAGACUUGCCAUGAAGUCUUCCGAUGACACUGUGGUGAAUUGCUUAUACUACGGCACCACUUGAGAUCUUUUUGCUACUUUAAUCAUAAAACAAGUACAGCUAAAAGUUGGGCAAUGGACAUGCAUCUAUUAUUUUUCACUACAGUUUUUUGUUCCACUGAAUGUAUUGCCUGAAAGGCACACCUGAUUGCUCUUCAUGGUCAGCGUGGCAGUGGAUCCAGAGUGUAUGCGGGCAACACUGGACACAAAGCAGGAAUUGAAUUGGACACUAGUCUUUCACAGAGCACCAUGCACACACAUAUUCACACCUUGGGGGCAUUUUAGCGUAGUCAAUCCACCUACUCAUAUGUUUUUGGGAGAUGCGAGGAAACCAGAAACUCAGAGGAAACCCACAUGGACACAGGGAGAACACGCAAUACUCCACACAGACCGAAACCUGAGCUUAGGAUUGAACUGGGGAUCCUGGAGUUGUGAGGUGCCAGUGUGACCCCCUGCACCACCGUGCCGCCUCUGACACAAUCGUGACCCCUAAUUAUUGCACAUAUUUCUCUUCCCUUAGACAUCACAACAAGAGGGGGAGUGUGAAUGCAGGAUGUCAUGGUAUAUGGUUACAGAAAGUAGUACAUCCCCAAAUCCCCAGCUCAGGUUUAACUGCCAAUUACUCUCACGAUUACUUGAGACAGCACUGCUAGUCUGAUAGAAAAGAGGCUGAUCUCUGCAUCUGCGUUUAGAAAGACUAAUGGACGGUGAUAUGUUAGCUCUAGGUGGUGACCUGGCAGGCGUCCGGCUGAGUGUAGGUCACAGUUCAUUUGCGCUCAAGGACGUCGUUCUGCCAAUAUUUGCUGAGCGGAAACAUUCUGGUGUUGGUUCAAAUAAACAUUUCCUCAUGUGAAGGUUAAAAGAAACCAUCCCUCAACUUUCAGAGAAAGAACACUGAUUUAUUGGCUUAUACCCUGCAAAGAGGUUCAUACUAUCUAAACAAGCAUGUAUCUGAUGACGGAGUCUUCCCCAGUUUAUUGAUGGUUCUUUUGGAAGCGGUGGGACAACAAGCUUUGGAUUGAGGAUGAUCAUUUUACAGAGGUUAUUGUGUCAAUGUAGGGGAGAUGGAUGGGAUCUCAGGCAUCCAUUCAAGUGCUGGCAUCCACCCUGAAAUAAUCUUCUGUGUCUUUUAAUUUGCCCAAAAAGGAAACUUUAAAGGAGAGGGUCGGCUGUGGUUGUGGUUUGAGUGAUGCUGAAAGAGGUGCAUGUCCUUGAGAGGAGAUCGAAGCAAAGGAAGCUUGUGAAUGGCUCCGAGCUGCAGGUUUCCCGCAGUAUGCGCAGCUUUUCGAAGAUUCACAGUUUCCCAUCGACAUCACUCCUGUAAAGAAAGAUCAUGACUUCUUGGAUAAAGACCUUGUGGAGCCUUUAUGCCGGCGACUCAACACGUUAAACAAGUGUGCCUCUAUGAAACUGGACGUGAAUCUUCCCAAUAAGAAGAGUGAGGACUCAGACUCUGAUGACCUGUUUGCCAUUAGUGACAAAUGGACAUUUGAAUGGAGCAGUCGGCGCUGGUCCCGUCUCCUUGAUGAGGCGGGGCCCCGGGAGCCAGGGGAAGAGUCAGUUCUCCGGGCCACACCCAGCAGUGAGAGUGUACUGACAGACCUGAGCGAGCCUGACGUCUCAUCCUUGCACAGCGAAAGCAGCAGUGGAAGCACAGGAGUCCGAGCUCACAGUGCAGACGACUCGGACAGCUCGCGCCGUGCCAUGCCCAAGCUAGGGAUUGCCCAUCAUUCCUCAGAUCAUCCUUGCUACUCCUCACUUCCUGUCAAACAUGGCAAGCUGGGCCGGACGCGGGCCAAGGACUUCCUGCGACGCAUGGAGACUCUGCGGUCGCGUGAGGCAGCAGAAAAUGGGCACAGGACAUUGGUAAUCAGCGCUCCCAUUCUUCAGCAUGAACCUCAAGCCUUGAAGGAUCUCCAGUGUGUGGAGAUUAAUGGCCAUGGUGUCUUGAGUUCACACUCGAGCAGUGAAGGUAGCAGCAGCCAAUCCAGUGGCAGCACUGUCAGCACUCCAAGCCUGAAGGAACGCAAAGCUCACCGUGCUGAGCACAAGCGCAGUGGCAUGUACCUGGAUGACCUGGAUGUCUUCUCCGGAAUUGUCCAGGGUAAACGCAAUGAGUUCCGCUCGUACGAAGACCUGGUAGUGCACAUCCCGAAAGACCACAAGCCUGGAACCUUCCCGAAAGCUCUUUCCAUUGAGAGUCUCUCACCCACAGCUGCACCUCUCAGCAGGGUUCCUGAAGUCCAGCGUAAGCCCAGCAUGAAAGAACAGAGACCUAUUACACAGUGCUGCUCACGUGGCAGCCGCAUCAGCAUCUACGACAACGUGCCCGGCUCACACCUCUACGCCAGCACCGGGGACCUCAUCGAUUUGGAAAAAGAGGACCUGUUCCCACACUUGGAUGAUAUCCUACAGCAUGUGAAUGGCCUGCAGCAGAUUGUGGAUCACUGGUCCAAGAACGUUCUGCCUACAGGAGAGAGUGUGGAAAAGGGCAAGGUGGAGCAGGAUGGGAAAGGUCAAGGGAACAUGCAGUCCUCAAGUCACAUCACGCUGGAUUUGGAGGGUCACUCAGUGCUGGAGGGGCAGGUUACCCCCAGUGAUGGGGACAGGGAUGGUGUUUCACUUAAUGAAACUGAAUCUACAGGAAUAAGAGAGAGGAGAGACUCUGGGGUUGGGGCUUCGCUCACCAGGCCAAAUCGUUUGCGAUGGCCGAGUUUCCAGAUCUCCAACCGCCUCAGCCAUUCAGUGGCUUCCCUACAGAUCACCAACCAAUCAGCAGGACAGCUCAGCCUGCUUCAGAAGUUCUCUCUGCUGCGCCUCACUGCCAUCAUGGAGAAGUAUUCCAUGUCUAACAAGCAUGGCUGGACCUGGUCAGUGCCAAAGUUCAUGAAGAGGAUGAAGGUUCCUGACUAUAAGGAUAAGAACGUGUUUGGUGUUCCUCUCAUCGUGCACGUCCAGCGUUUCGGUCAGCCUCUACCUCUGGGCCUCCAGCAGGCUCUCCGCUACCUCAGGAGCCAGUGUCUCGACCAGGUGGGUCUCUUCCGCAAGUCCGGAGUGAAAUCUCGGAUCCAGGCUCUCAGGCAGAUGAACGAGAGCUCUCCGGAGGAUGUGAAUUAUGAGGACCAGUCCGCCUAUGAUGUGGCCGACAUGGUCAAGCAGUUCUUCAGAGAUCUUCCCGAGCCGCUCCUCACCAGCAAACUGGGAGAAACCUUUCUCCAUAUUUACCAGUACGUGCCUAAGGAACAGCGGUUGCAGGCGGUCCAGGCAGCCAUCAUGCUGAUGUCCGAUGAGAACAGAGAAGUCCUGCAAACCUUACUGUGCUUCCUCAGUGAUGUCACUUCCUCUGUCCAGGAGAAUCAGAUGACACCCAUGAAUAUCGCCGUGUGUUUAGCGCCCUCCCUUUUUCACCUCAAUAUCCUGAAGAAAGAAAACCUCUCUCCAAGAACAAUGCAGAAGAAAUACGCCACUGGAAGACCUGACCAAAAGGACCUGAACGAGAACCUGGCUGCCACUCAGGGCUUGGCGCAUAUGAUCACAGAGUGUAACCGGCUAUUUGAGAUUCCCCAUGAAAUGGUGACGCAGUCGCGGAACUCGUACGUGGAGGCUGACCUGCAGGCCCCAACGCUGGAGGACUUGUGUAAGCAGCAGCAGCAUGAGGAAGAGGAGGACGACGAAGGUUCCUGGCCUGUGCACUUAGAUUCCCGACUUCAAGUCCUGCUCAAGGAGGCGCGAGACAAAGCCAAGGGCUGGGUGUCCUGCCAAAGCUCCGAUAACACUGAGCUCGCGUACAAGAAGGUAGGUGAUGGGAACCCGUUGCGGCGCUGGCGUGUGUCAGUGGAGGUGGAAGCUCCUCCGUCUGUGGUGUUGAACCGCGUACUGCGAGAGCGCCACCUGUGGGAUGUGGAUCUGCUGCAGUGGAGAGUGUGUGAAGUGCUGGACAAGCAGACUGAGAUCUUCCAAUACGUCCUGAACCGCAUGCCCCCGCACCCCAGCAGGGACUUUGUAGUGCUCAGGUCGUGGAGGACAGAUUUACCUCGGGGCGCAUGCUCCCUCGUGUCCGUCUCCAUCGAGCAUGACGAGUGUCCUCUCGUAGGCGGCGUGAGGGGAGUCGUGCUCGAGUCUGGCUACCUGCUGGAGCCCUGUGGCUCGGGCAAGUCACGGCUCACACACAUCUGCAGAGUGGACCUCAAAGGCAGAACUCCAGAAUGGUACAACAAAGCGUUUGGUCACCUGUGUGCCGCUGAAGCCGCCCGUAUUCGCAACUCCUUCCAGCCCAUCCAUGCAGAUGGACCAGAGACUAAAAUCUGAGUCCCAUGAUGCCUUUCUGCAUGAACGGACAUCUCUGCCAGGGACACCCAGGACCCGGGACACCCUUCAGCCAAUGCUGUGACUCUUAAAGAUGCCCAAAGUAAAAAAAAAAAAAAAAAAAAAAUCAGCAUCCUGCCAGUGUACCUUAGCUUUCAUGUUGUUUGUCCAUUUGUAAUAUUGUAUUAUUUGUAAUUAUCAUUAUUCAUAUUAUAAUUAAUUCUAUUGGUACAUAUUUGCUGUGCACAUAAUCUUAUACAAUGUAUACAACAUCUAAGCUCUUAAAUGCUUCUGGGAAGCAUGUACUUUUUUUUUUAAAUUCAAAGCUAUAUUUGAUCACAUGCUGCACAAUCGCAUGUGUAUUCUUGUAUUCUGUGUCAGUGUAUAUGUGUUUGCGUGUGUGUGUGUGUGUUCACGUGUAUACAGAUAUGUGACCUGUACAGAGCGUGUUUUAUCAAAUGGUUCGUGUAGUCCAAGCAUUUGGCCGUUAUAUCUCUUGAUAUCUCAUUUGCACUGAUAUCAGCGUGAUUUAUAUGGUACAAAAUGUUACUCAGAUGUAAGCUGGUUUUACUUUGCCUUUUCCUUGUUGAUCAUUCAGUGUUUGUCUGAGAAAUGGGUGUUAUUUUAUUGUAUUUUAUUUUAACUUUGUAAAAAUGAAAAAAAAAAUAUAUGACUUGGGUUUGACUUUCUCAAACCUGCUCUUGUAGUACUGGAUUACGUAGAGGACAAGUCAGAGACGAUGUCUUUUUAAUAAACUAUACAUAAAUUAAUUAUAAAUAGCUGGUUUUGUGGGUUUUUUGGCAUCUUUCAGCUGUCCUGUAUUUCUCCCCUUAAAGUUUUUCCUGAUAAAUUCUAUAGAUUCUAUUCUAGUUGGUGACUUACUUUGAAAAUUUACAUCUACUGUAUAUUCACAGAGCGAAAGGUCUCCAUAUUCAGAGUCGGGUUACACACGUGUUUAAGCCGAUUUUUUGGGUUUCAGAUUCAGAUUAUUACAGUCAUCUCCAUGUUGGUCAUGCCUCUGUGGUUGCCAGAUUUUUCUUGAAUAGAGGCAUCCAAGUUAUUAUUUUUUUUUUUUAAAACAUAGCAUCUAAACCACCAACUUUAACCCUUUUUAGCAGUACACUGUCAUUCUAUUCCACCAGCAGAAUGGAAAUCAUCUUAUCAGAUGAUUAUUGCCAUAAGUCUGUCAUAAGAUUAGUCAGGACACUGUUGGGUUUCUGUGUGUAGAGUAUCGUGACUCUGUGUUUAUCUGCUGGUGAGCAGGGUGAUGGGAAAUAGGAAGGGUGUGAGCCUCCUGCUGGGCAAACAAUUCACAUCUCUCCACAAUAACACUGGUACAACUAAAGCUUCUUUCACAGUAAAACACUGUAUACAACUGGCACAACACAAAUUAUAAAAUUUAAACCUAAUAAAAAAAAAUACUCAUGAAAAAAUGCUAAUUCUUAAAGCUCAGAGUGUUUAAUUUCAUAUUAACGAUUACCCAGUACUUUGGAGUGUGACAUCACAAAUAAAUUCAAUGCUGAACAUGGGCACCUGCAAAACAGGCGGAAACUCCAUUUUGGCCUCUGGUAAGAAGAGUUAAAUACAAGCGCUCACCUUGAAGCCAGAAAAACAUGACAGUUUUUCUGGAAAAUGCAGGCUGAAGAAAUAGACUGUGUUUCCUCUCUUUUCUGCCAAAUUCAGUAUGAGCUAACAUAAGAGUAAGAGACAACUGAAGGAAAAACAAACAAAACGUAGGCUUGUUUUAUCCAUAUAAAAUUCAUCCCUUGAGAUUAAGAUGCUGUCUUCUCUGAUCUCCUCUGUGUGAAAAAAAAAUCUUUCUGUGGAUUUGGAUGAUACAAUGGAUGAUAAAAUUAAUUUGGUAGUAGUGACGUAUUAAUAGACUCAGUGUUGGCAUCAAAUGACAUUCUGUAGUUAUUUUAUAGUGUGUUUACAGCCCAAAACAUAUAGAUUUCAGUGUGACAUAUUAUGGUUAGGUCAAGCUGUCAGACACUGGUGCUGGACUUAACUGCUCACUUGAGCUGAUAUUGCGAAAAACAGUUAAGUUCAAGGACAGAGUUGUGUGUAAGUGAGACGCGUCUCUGUUUUACUUCAACUGCACCAAGCGUAUGCAAAUCUUUGCAGCUCUCUGAAUGGCUCUUAUGUCUAUAGUUAUACCUGAGGCGUGAAUAUCAAUGUGUGCAAUUUCACUAUUAAAUCUUCAUUGCAUGCAUUUAACUAACUCUACAGCCUUAUGUCUCCACAAGGCACUUUUUUUUUGGAAUCUAGUUAAUUUUAUAUUUUUAUCUC